CCUCCGAGGCUGAAGGUGACAGUGGGAGGGUGAAGCGGCGGCGGCGGAUCAAGGCCCGCCUGGAGCCGCCCUCCUCUUCCUCCUCCUCUUCCUCUUCCUCCUCCUCCCGGUCCUCCUCGGCGAGCAGGAUGCUGGCGGCGCGGCGUUUGGCUCGGGGGUCGCUCCCCGGGGGCGCCGCCCGGGGCUUCUCGGCCCAGGCGACCCCGCAGGCUGCUCCCAAGAAGACGACAUUUGGGUCGCUGAAGGACGAGGACCGCAUCUUCACCAAUCUCUACGGCCGCCACGACUGGAGGCUUAAAGGGGCGCUGAAGCGCGGCGACUGGUACAAGACCAAGGAGAUCCUGCUGAAGGGGCCGGACUGGAUCCUGGGGGAGGUCAAGGCCUCCGGCCUGCGGGGCCGCGGAGGGGCCGGCUUCCCCACGGGCCUCAAGUGGAGCUUCAUGAACAAGCCUUCGGACGGCAGACCCAAAUACCUGGUGGUGAACGCGGAUGAGGGGGAACCGGGCACCUGUAAGGACCGCGAGAUCAUGCGCCACGACCCCCACAAGCUGGUGGAGGGCUGCCUGGUCGGGGGCCGGGCUAUGGGGGCCCGCGCUGCCUACAUCUACAUCCGCGGGGAGUUCUACAACGAGGCCUCCAACCUGCAGGUGGCCAUCCGCGAAGCGUACGAGGCCGGGCUGCUGGGCCGAGACGCGUGCGGCUCGGGCUACGACUUCGACGUGUUCGUGGUGCGCGGCGCCGGGGCCUACAUCUGCGGCGAGGAGACGGCCCUCAUCGAGUCCAUCGAGGGGAAGCAGGGCAAACCCCGGCUCAAGCCACCCUUCCCCGCCGACGUGGGUGUGUUCGGCUGCCCCACCACGGUGGCCAACGUGGAGACCGUGGCCGUGUCCCCCACCAUCUGCCGCCGGGGAGGGGCCUGGUUCGCCGGCUUCGGCCGGGAGCGCAACUCCGGCACCAAACUCUUCAACAUCUCGGGCCACGUACGCCACCCGUGCACCGUCGAGGAAGAGAUGUCCGUGCCCCUCAAGGAGCUCAUCGAGAAACACGCUGGUGGGGUGACGGGCGGCUGGGACAACCUGCUGGCGGUCAUCCCCGGCGGCUCCUCCACCCCGCUGAUCCCCAAGUCCGUGUGCGAGACGGUGCUGAUGGACUUCGAUGGGCUGGUGCAGGCGCAGACCGGGCUGGGCACGGCCGCCGUCAUCGUCAUGGACCGAUCGACGGACAUCGUGAAGGCCAUCGCCCGUCUGAUUGAGUUCUACAAGCACGAGAGCUGUGGGCAGUGCACGCCUUGCCGUGAGGGUGUGGACUGGAUGAACAAGGUGAUGUGGCGCUUCGUGAAGGGGGAGGCCCGGGCGGCGGAGAUCGACGCGCUGUGGGAGAUCAGCAAGCAGAUCGAGGGUCACACCAUCUGCGCCCUGGGCGACGGCGCCGCCUGGCCUGUCCAGGGCCUGAUUCGCCAUUUCCGGCCGGAGCUGGAGCAGCGAUUCCAACGCUUCGAGGAGCAGCACGGCACCCGCCAGGCCGCUGCCUGACACCCCUCCACCCCACCAGAUACACACACUCCCCCUCCCCGGGUUCUCCUGCGAGUAAAGUUACUGCCGUCCGGCCCGUUGUCAACUGUUUCCGCCGUGUGUCCACGUCCCGUCGCCACCGCGGCCGUGGCUCUGGUGGGAUCCUGCUCUGAUUUCCCCGGGGCUGGUUCUGCCCAUUGAGUACGCAGGCCCCCCACCCCGGCACACGCUCCUACCCUGGGAGCAGCGGGGAGGCCCCUUGGGGUUAGGAAAUACCUCCGGAAGCUGCCAUGCUUCCUUCUCCUCUCUGGGAAAGGGUGCCGCUCCCCUCACCUUGCCCCUCCCAGGCGGGCAGGCGGACAGACUGGCUCAGAGACUGCCACACUGGGUCCGUGCUAAGGUAGGGGAGUGGGGAUGAUGAUAAUAAAAAUAAUAACGAUGAC